UUUCUUCCAUUUAAAUCCGCUCUCCAACCAACCCAUUUUCGAAUAACCUAAGAAAUCGAAACUAGAGAGAGCGAGAGAAACCAGCCAUGGCGGUUUGUAAAAACGAAAUGGAUCGGAUCAAGGGUCCCUGGAGCGCCGAGGAAGACGAAGCUCUACAAAGGCUGGUCCGGAAGCAUGGCCCCCGGAACUGGUCGCUGAUAAGUAAGUCCAUUCCCGGACGCUCCGGGAAGUCGUGCCGCCUCAGGUGGUGCAACCAGCUUUCCCCGCAGGUGGAGCACAGGCCGUUCUCUCCCGAGGAGGACGACACCAUAGUUCGGGCCCACGCUCGUUUCGGGAACAAGUGGGCCACCAUCGCCCGCCUACUAUCGGGUCGGACCGACAACGCCAUCAAGAACCACUGGAACUCCACGCUCAAGCGCAAGUGCUCCUCGUCGGGGACUGAAGAUGGCUGUGGGUACGAUGGGAAUUUGACUCAGCAGGAGCAGCCGUUGAAGAGGUCGUUGAGUGCGGGUUCGGGUGUGCCCAUCCCCACCGGGCUUUACGUGAACCCGAGCAGUCCAUCCGGAUCCGAUGUGAGCGAUUAUUCUAGCGUUCCUGUUUUGCCACCGUCGUCUCAUGUAUACCGGCCCGUGGCAAGGACCGGCGGUGUCGUACCUACCAUGGAAACGACGCCGUCGACAACCAAUACCAAUAUUGACCCUCCGACAUCGUUGUCCCUGUCCCUGCCGGGUGUCGCCGAUUCUUGCUGCGAGCCCUCGAACCAGGCUUCCACAGAGUCAGCGUCGCAUGCAGCAAACGUAACGACAAUACCCUUAUUCCCGGUACCGGCGACGAACCCGACACCGGCGGCAGAGAUGAUCCGGGAGGAGGAUCGGAGCAUUGGGUUGGUGCCAUUGAGCGCGGAGCUAAUGGGGGUAAUACAGGAGAUGAUAAGGAAGGAGGUGAGGAGCUAUAUGCUGGAGCAGAGUGGUGGGUUGUGUAUGGGUGUGAGGGAGGAUGAUGUGUUUAGGAAUCUUGCUAUGAAGAGAAUCGGGAUCGGCAGGAUCGAGUAGUAGUCUUAGUUGGUGGGAAUAUCGGAUAAAAUGGGGGAAAGAAAACUGGGCCUUUGUUUUCUUCUUUUCGAUGGUGUUUAGGAAAAUAAGUUUGGGCAUUGUACAGAGAGAUGUCAACGAGAGAGAGAGAGAGAGGUUGAAGCAGAAUCCAAGCGGAAGAAAUCUGGAAAGGAAAAAAAAAAACUGGAACUUUGAUCUUUCUAUGGCCGUCUUGGCCUCAGGUUUAGGAAACAUAAAAAAAAAGCCACCGGAAAAGAGAAAAAAUGAAAAAAAAAUAGAAAAAGGUCUUUUAAUUUCUCGUA